AGCUGAGUAUGGAUUUAUUUUUUAAUAAAUGUCGUCCUUUAACCAAUUAGCAAGUCCAAAUAGCACCUUUAUUUAACUAGGCAAGUCAGUUAAGAACAAAUUCUUAUUUUCAAUGACGGCCUAGGAACAAUGCCUGUUCAGGGGCAGAACAACCUUGUCAGCUCGGGGAUUUGAACUUGCAACCUUCCGGUUACUAGUCCAACGCACUACGCAACACAAACAUUUCUAAAAACCUGUUUUUGCUUUGUCAUUAUUGGGUAUUGUAUGUAGAUUGAUGAGAAUAAAAGUCAAGGGAUCUGACUACUUUCCGAAUGCACUGUUGGUAUUCUAGUGUGUCAUCCACCUGCCAUUUUACAGCUGGUUUGGAGAAGUCAAUUAUAUUGAAUAGUUCUGGGAGCUGUAGGCUAAUCAUCCUGUGAAGUCACACCAUGGAUUUCCCAAUAUGCCUGGUCAAAAACGCAGACGGCGAGCUUCAUGUAAUUCCUGGGGCCAUCAAGUACCUGAUGGGACUGAACCAGCAAGUCGUAGUGGUGGCGGUUGUCGGGCUGUACCGCACCGGCAAGUCUUACCUCAUGAACAAGCUGUCUGGAAAGAGAAAAGGUUUUGCCCUGGGAGCCACUAUCCAAUCCAAGACUAAAGGAAUCUGGAUAUGGUGUGUGUCUCACCCUGAAAAGAGAGACCACAUUCUGGUGCUGCUGGAUACAGAGGGGAUGGGAGAAGGUGAGAGGUCAAAGUUCAGUCUCUACAAUUCACUGUAUUUUAAAUUAUUUAAUUUAGCCAGAUCACCAAUAGGCAUGUUGCUGUUAAGCAUUACUCUGGUUUACAAAAGCCGAGGGACCAUCGACAAUCAAGCUGUGGAGAACCUCCAACAUGUGAGUGAGCUGACAGAGCGGAUCAAGGUGAAUUCAUCCAGUGCAGCUUUAUCCUCUCACGAUGACGAGGAAGGAGGGGACAUCCAGUUUGUGCAGUUCUUUCCGAAUUUUGUGUGGGCCAUCAGAGAUUUCACUCUACUACUCGAGAUCGACGGCAGAAACGUCACUGAAGAUGAGUAUCUGGAGCAUUCCCUGAAACUCAGAAAAGAUGACAUUAGCACUAGCCACCACCCCAAUGAUCAACUAGUAGUGAUGCUAGUCGGGCGGGCGGGUAUGGGCAGCGAACAGUUACUAGCGUUUAAGAGCAGUUGGAGGCCACGGAAGGAGUGUUUGGAAAUCGAAAUGGUCAAUGAUAUGUUUAUUAACUUGGCUUUCGAGGACUUUAGACAGCCAGGGCAGAAUGGAUAUAGGCCUCUCAGACAAGAUUCUCCAUUGAACAUGAUGUACAACCUCCCACGAGAGUGUAUCCGGAACUACUUCCCCUCGCGCAAGUGCUUUGUAUUCCGCACCCCUACAACUCCUGCCAACAUGCCCCAUCUGGAUUCCGUGGAUGAGGCUGAACUCUGUGGAAGCUUCCGAAAGGUUGCAGACACCUUUUGCUGCUUCAUUUUCUAGGAGAUCCACACAAACUGUCAAAGGGGGCCACAUAUUUACCGGGAUAAGUCAAAUAUCAGCAAAUAUUCU